AUGUCCUCUUCAAUGUCAUUCUGCUCAGUGAGAUCGCCUUCCAUGGGAAUCUCGUCCAGGGCGAAGGCGACUGCGACCAGGGCCAGGAGGACCAAAAGGAAAAAUGUUCCUGUACGAACCAUGUUAGCAAGGGCAAAUGUGAGAUACGAGCUUGCUGAAAGUCUGUUUGGUUCUUGCUUCAGCUGGAGAGAAGGUAAUGAGAUAGGGUGA